AUGGAGUCGGGAAGUGCUACUAACACCACCAUGUUUCAAGAGCUCCUAGUCCUAGCGAUCCUCUACGUCCUUCUCCACUACCUCACGCGCACCAUCCUCCGGACCAAGCGCGCGUCGCCGCUGCCGCUGCCUCCCGGCCCGAGAGGCUACCCGGUGGUCGGCGCGCUGCCGCUGCUGGGCCGGGCGCCGCACCGGGCGCUCGCCGCUCUGGCGAGGCAGCACGGCCCUAUCAUGCACCUGACCCUCGGCAGGCAGGGCGUCGUGGUAGCCUCCACGCCGGACGCGGCGCGCCUCUUCCUCAGGGACCACGGCGGCAGCUUCCUCGACCGGCCCGCGGACGACGUGGCGCCCACGGUGCUGGCGUACGGCGCCCAGGACCUCGUCUUCGCGCCCUACGGCCCCAGGUGGCGCCGCCUGCGCCGGGAGUGCAGCCUCGGCCUGCUCGGCCCCCAGGCGCUGGCCGACUGGGCCGGCGCGCGCCGCGAGGAGGUCGCCCGCAUGGUCCGCGCCAUGAGCCGGCUGGGCGCGGGCACGGCGGUGGAGGUGCCGGAGUUCCUGUUCUGCGCGAUGGCCAACAUGAUCGGGCAGGCGGUGGUGGGCCAGCGGGUGCUGAACGAGGCUGGGGCCGAGGAGGCGAGGGAGUUCAAGGAGAUGGUGGUGGAGCUGAUGACCACGGCCGGGCUGGUGAACCUCGGCGACUUCCUGCCGGCCGUGGCGUGGAUGGACCUGCAGGGGCUCGGCCGGAGGAUGCGCCGGCUGUCGGCGAGGCUGGACAGGGUCUGGAGCCGGUUGCUGUCCGAACAUAAGGCGGCCGUGGCCGACAGUGAUAAGCAGCCCGGCCGCCAUCCGGACCUUGUCGAUCGGCUGAUCGCCUGUCGUGGCGAUGCCCGUGCCGGGGAGGACGGCGUCACAGACCUCAACAUCAAAGCUCUACUUAACAACCUGUUCACGGCGGGGACGGACACGUCGUCGAGCACGAUCGAGUGGGCGCUGGCGGAGAUGCUGGCGAACCCGGCGAUCCUCCGACGAGCACAGGCGGAGAUGGACGGCGUGGUAGGCCGAGACCGCCUCCUCGAGGAAUCCGACAUCCCACACCUUCCCUACCUCCGCGCCAUCUGCAAGGAGACGUUCCGCCUGCACCCGUCGACGCCGCUCUGCCUGCCCCGCCUCUCCACCGAGCCAUGCACGGUGCAGGGGUACCACGUUCCGAAGGGCACGAGGCUGCUCGUCAACAUCUGGGCCAUCGGCCGGGACCCGGCGGUGUGGCCGGAGCCGGCGAGGUUCGACCCCGGGAGGUUCAUGACGGAGGAGGGGAGCAAGGUGGAGCCCCUCGGGAGCCACUUCGAGCUCAUCCCGUUCGGCGCCGGCAGGAGGAUUUGCGCCGGCGCGCGCAUGGGGGUGACCCUGGUGCACCACAUGUUGGGCGUGCUGGUGCACGCCUUCGACUGGGAGAUGCCGGAGGGUGGCACCGCCGGGAUGGACAUGGACGAGGAGUUCGGCCUUGCUCUGCAGAAGAAGGUGCCGCUCAGGGCCGUCGUGCGCCCGCGCCUCGCACCCGCCGCGUACCAGUGA